AUGACUGACCCGGAACCUGCUAACGAUAGCAACACUUUCAUGAUGCCCUUAGGCAACUUGACAGAGAAAGAUUUUUUCCAAAUGACUCUUGACAAGUGGUGUAUACUAAUGGACUUGGAGCAGCUCCGGUCCCCUAUUUUGAUGGAGGAUGCAAACACCGCGUUCAAAUUCGACAUGAGCAGCGCCGACUCUUCUACUCUUCCCGGCUCUUCUACUCUCCGCAGGUCCUAUACUCUCAAUUCUACUAUCAAGGCCACUGGCCCUCGGGCUCGAGACCCAAGAAUUUUUAUUAAAAUAUCUCCAAUCCACGCUUUUCAAGUCCCUGAUACCAGUAAUUUUAAGGAGAUCAACGUUUUGAAGGAAAGAUGGUAUACUACCUGGAAUAGAAAGUGA